UUAAUAAUGUAUUUUCUUCUUGUCUUCAGGUGUUAAAUUUAACCCUCAAAGUGAUAGCUACCCUAUCAAUGUCAGACGCUGGUCAUGAGACGUGUGAUGUUCCUGUAGCCACCAAGAAAAAGGGACGUCAGGAGCAGGAGAGUACGGCCAUUAUUAUUUUGAAUAAAUAUUUUAAAUUGUUUCUGGUUGAAUUGAUGAAAAUGUUCAACAGUGACAGGAUAUUACUAGAGAACAAAGGGAGUCUCAUUAUUAGGCACUUGUGUGUGUUUGUAGAUGCUAAGGCAGUCUACUGUACUCUAGCUGAGAUACUGUCAACUGAAGAGAAACUAUCAUUUGCUUCACUGAUGGUACGGGAACUGAACACUAUCCUCUUUAGUUCUGCUGAACUGUUUGAUCUUCGUAUGCAGCUCCAGAAUAUGGACGGACCAGACAGUUGGAUAUUGUUCAAGAGUCUUUAUGACUGCUGGUGUCACAAUGCCAUAGCUACAGUGGCUCUGUGUCUAUUGUCACAGAAUUAUCAACAUGCAGCUAACAUAGUAGCUAAAUUUGGUGAAAUUGAGAUCACUUCAGAAGUAUUGCAAGAAACUGAUAGACUAGUCCAACUAAUAGAAUCACCAAUAUUUACCUUCCUAAGGUUACAGUUAUUAUCACCAAACCAGUAUCCUAACCUAGUCCAGACUAUGUAUGGCCUACUGAUGCUCCUUCCUCAAACCAAUGCCUUUGAAUCUCUCAAUGGCAGACUCUCCAGUGUACCCAUACUGACCACACUCUCUGAGAACAAGAAGAAGUAAGAGCAUAUCACCUUAUAGAGU